CUUUCUAUUCAUUCCUCCCUUUUACAAUUUGGUUCAUAAACCUUUGAAUAAAAUAAAACAUGGAAUAUUUAUUCCUUUCUUUCUUCUUUCUAUUCACCCUCACUUUAGCCCAAUCUAUUAAUAAUGAUAAUAUAUACUCAUUCCCAAAUAAUGCACCAAACAUGCAACCAACUUCAAAACAAAAUGCAAAUCCACCAACAAGUCAUUCUUCAUACCCUCCUGGAUAUGAAAAUGAAAAUGCACAAUCACAAUCACAAUUUCCGUCUAUCAUCCCUCUUGAUAAAAUUUCUGGCUUCCCAUCUACUAUUAUUCCCACCAAUACACAAAAAGACGAUGGUGGGAAUGCUGAGACUAAUAAUAUUAUAAAGAAGAUAUGUGACAACACUGACUACCCUGACGUUUGCACCACAACUGUUGCCCCAUUUAUGCGCGGAGGUAUCAUCAACGUACAAAAUGUUCUCCAAGUGGCCAUGAAACAGAGCGAUGCGUUUGCCAAAUUGGGAUUUGCAGCGUUUAAAAGAGCUUCAGAAUCCCCUAUUACUCCACCUAGAACUAAGAAACUGCUCAAAACUUGCCUCGAUAGUUGGGAUACUGUGUUGUACAAUUAUGAAGAAGCUUUAGAGGCUCUGCGUACUCAUGAUAGUGGACGUAUGAACUCCAUGCUCAGUGCUGCAAUUACUGAUAUCUCUGAUUGUCAAGAUGCCUUUGAAGGUAUCAUUACUCCAAUGUCUGGUUAUAGUGACAAGAUGACUAAAUUGACAAGUAAUUGCCUAGCCAUUGGUUCACAACUCGGGAAUUAGACUAGACAAUUACCUAUCGAGUUAAUGUUCAAAAACACACAUAAGUUAUUACCUCUUUACUAGUUUCAUAUCUCAACUAUCUAUUCUUCUAUUUAUCAAUCUAAACUCUAUCACUUCAUUUAUAUUAAAACACACUCAAUGUAUUGCUUAAUUUACAACAGUCGCAAGCAGGACACUUCAACUUUGAGACGUCUUAUAAUACAAAGAGAAUGAUAGUUAAUUAAUUGAUGGAACAAUGAAUAUUGUUGGGGUUAUGAAUAUCCCAUAAAACUUGAUAAUUUAGAUAUAUUUUUACCAUUAAUUCUUUAUUAUUUACUAAACUAAUUAGAUAUUAGUCUAGAUGGAUGAGUAGGAUCACUACACAGUGUAAGUGAUCCUUAAUCACCUCUCCUAAUGUAUUUUACAUUUUACUUAUUGUGAUUAUGUCAUCUUUUUGACUUA